GGCGUGGUAGGAAGUGGUAGCCGUCAAUCACGAGGAAGACUCCAAACAGUGAGCCUUGAGCUGGAGAACAGCGUUUACCGGCGGCUGGCCGGUUUUAUGAGUGAAGCUAUGGCUACAGAUUCUCCUAGAAGACCCAGUCGAUGUACUGGUGGAGUUGUGGUUCGCCCUCAGGCUGUCACAGAGCAGUCCUACAUGGAAAGUGUUGUGACUUUUCUGCAGGAUGUUGUGCCACAGGCUUACAGUGGAUCACCUCUAACUGAAGAAAAGGAGAAAAUUGUUUGGGUCAGAUUUGAAAAUGCAGAUUUAAAUGAUACAUCAAGAAAUCUCGAAUUUCAUGAAAUACAUAGCACUGGGAAUGAACCACCAUUUUUGGUUAUGAUUGGCUACAGUGAUGGAAUGCAGGUCUGGAGCAUCCCUAUUAGUGGUGAAGCACAGGAGCUCUUCUCUGUUCGACAUGGCCCAAUUCGAGCAGCUAGAAUCUUACCUACUCCACAGUUUGGUGCUCAAAACUGUGAUAAUUUUGCUGAAAAAAGACCCCUUCUUGGAGUUUGUAAGAGCACUGGAUCUUCAAGCACAAGCCCAUCUUAUUGCUGUGUGGAUCUGUAUUCACUUCGUACUGGGGAGAUGGUCAAAUCCAUUCAGUUUAAAACACCUAUUUAUGAUCUUCACUGCAACAAGAGGAUUCUUGUCGUAGUGUUACAGGAGAAAAUCGCUGCCUUUGAUAGCUGUACUUUUGCAAGAAAAUUUUUUGUUACAAGUUGUUAUCCUUGUCCUGGGCCAAACAUGAAUCCUAUUGCUCUUGGAAGCCGUUGGCUUGCUUAUGCAGAAAAUAAGCUGAUUCGAUGCCAUCAGUCCCGUGGUGGAGCCUGUGGAGACAACAUUCAGUCCUACACUGCCACAGUCAUUAGUGCUGCUAAAACAUUGAAAAGUGGCUUGACAAUGGUUGGGAAAGUGGUGACUCAGCUGACAGGUACGGUGCCCUCAGGUGUGACAGAAGAUGAUGUUACUGUCCAUAGUAACUCUCGGCGGAGUCCUCUGGUCCCAGGCAUCAUCACAGUUAUUGACACUGAAACAGUUGGAUUGGGUCAGGUGAUUGUGAGUGAGGACUCUGAUGGUGAUGGCAUUGUGGCUCAUUUCCCUGCCCACGAGAAGCCAGUGUGCUGCAUGGCUUUUAAUACAAGUGGAAUGCUGUUAGUCACAACAGAUACCCUUGGCCAUGACUUUCAUGUCUUCCAAAUUCUGACCCAUCCUUGGUCCUCAUCACAAAGUGCUAUCCACCAUCUAUACACUCUUCACAGGGGUGAAACCGAAGCCAAAGUUCAGGACAUCUGCUUCAGCCAUGACUGUCGCUGGGUUGUGGUUAGUACCCUCCGGGGUACCUCGCAUGUUUUCCCUAUCAACCCUUAUGGUGGCCAGCCUUGUGUUCGUACUCAUAUGUCACCACGAGUAGUGAAUCGCAUGAGCCGUUUCCAGAAAAGUGCUGGGCUGGAAGAGAUUGAACAAGAGCUGACGUCUAAGCAAGGAGGUCGCUGUAGCCCUGUUCCAGGUCUAUCCAGCAGCCCUUCUGGCUCACCCCUGCAUGGGAAACUGAACAGUCAAGACUCUUACAAUAAUUUUACCAACAACAACCCUGGCAAUCCCCGCCUCUCUCCUCUCCCCAGCUUGAUGGUUGUGAUGCCGCUGGCACAGAUCAAGCAGCCAAUGACAUUGGGGACCAUCACCAAACGGACAGGGCCUUAUCUCUUUGGAGCGGGAUGUUUUUCCAUAAAAGCUCCAUGCAAAGUUAAACCACCUCCGCAGAUUUCACCCAGCAAGUCAGUAGGCGGAGAAUUUUGUGUGGCUGCUACAUUUGGGACAUCCAGGUCAUGGUUUGCUAAUAAUGCAGGUCUGAAAAGAGAAAAAGAUCAGUCCAAACAGGUUGUUGUUGAAUCUCUCUACAUUAUCAGUUGUUAUGGUACCUUGGUGGAGCAUAUGAUGGAGCCUCGACCCCUCAGCACCGCCCCCAAAAUAAGCGAUGACACUCCACUGGAGAUGGUGACAUCACCUCGUGCCAGCUGGACACUGGUUAGAACGCCUCAAUGGAACGAAUUGCAACCACCAUUUAAUGCAAACCACCCUCUUCUCCUCGCUGCAGAUGCAGUACAGUAUUAUCAGUUCCUGCUCGCUGGUGUGGUACCCCCUGGAAGUCCUGGACCUAUUACUCGACAUGGGUCCUAUGACAGCUUAGGCUCUGACCAUAGUGGACAGGAAGAUGAAGAAUGGCUUUCACAGGUUGAAAUUGUAACACAUACUGGACCCCACAGACGUCUGUGGAUGGGUCCACAGUUUCAGUUCAAAAUCAUCCACCCUUCCGGCCAAACCACAGUCAUAUCAUCCAGUUCAUCUGUGUUGCAGUCUCAUGGUCCCAGUGACACUCCACAGCCUCUUUUGGAUUUUGAUACAGAUGAUCUUGAUCUCAACAGUCUCAGGAUCCAGCCAGUCCGCUCUGACCCAGUCAGCAUGCCAGGGUCAUCCCGCCCAGUCUCUGAUCGAAGGGGAGUUUCCACAGUGAUUGAUGCUGCCUCAGGUACCUUUGACCGGAGCGUGACCCUGCUGGAGGUGUGCGGGAGCUGGCCUGAGGGCUUCGGGCUGCGGCACAUGUCCUCCAUGGAGCACACGGAGGAGGGGCUCCGGGAGCGGCUCGCUGACGCCAUGGCUGAGUCCCCAAGCAGGGAUGUCGUGGGAUCGGGAACAGACACAGCCCUUGAAGUAGCAGUAGGACACAUCACCCCUGAGAGACACAUGGCUGUGAAGUGCUUGGAGCUUCAGCGAGAGGGAAGCAUCGAGACUCUGAGUAAUAGCUCAGGCUCCACCAGCGGCAGCAUACCAAGAAACUUUGAUGGCUACCGAUCUCCGCUCCCCACCAACGAGAGCCAGCCCCUCAGCCUCUUCCCCACCGGCUUCCCAUAGGUGCCAGCUACCUGCUUCCAACUGGCUUGGCCCACACCUGCUGGAGGGAGGAGAAGCCCCCCUCCAGCCCUACCCUCAAUCUCUGCUCCUCUUUCAUCAACCACCUUCCCCAAGCUUAGUGACAACAGCCACCCAUCCUACCUGGAUCGAGAAGAGGCCCUGCUCCGAAGCACCUGACCUCGAGACACCCUGACCUCUGCUGCUGUCAGUGGGGGCUGUGGCCAAGAGAGACUGCAGCAGCUCAGUCCCCUCCUCUGUUUGCACAUGAUGUCCAGCAUUGGACCUGCUUUUGUAUUUUCUGACCUUCCUCACAGGGGGCCUAGAACAGUGACCAGAUCUUGGAGCCUAGGUGGAGACAGGGCAGAUGGUCCCACCAGGCACUUUGGCCCUGAAUGGAUAGUCUCAGCCCCAGCCCACUCCAGGCUGUGAUACACACUGCCCCCAGCUUCCCUUGUUUAGCCCCUCUCCAGCAUGGAGUGAACUGAGGCCCAGAAUGUCAGGGAAGGAGGGAGGAAGAAAAGGAAACCUUCUUCCCCUUCCUCCUUGCUUUCCCCAAUGGCUCAUGGGAAGAAUUUGUAUUUCUUAUUUUUAAGCCCUUUUACCCUGGUCUUGUACUGUUCAGUGAAGGAAACUGGUUACUGAGGCCCUGUUGAAAAGUGCACGUCUUGUCCAAUAAAUCACGCUGCAAUUGGUGUCCA